CUGCUGCUCAUUCGCGUUACUGCGGCGGCGGCGGAACCUCCAGCAGCACCAUGACCGUCCUGUGGAUGUGGAUUACUCUCACUGCGUGAUAAAGCGGCACCCAGAGGCACCAUGGCGGAGAGGUUGGAAUGGGUGGAGAUUAUCGAGCCGCGCACGCGCGAGCGCAUGUACGCCAACCUGCUGACAGGCGAGUGUGUGUGGGACGCCCCGGCCGGCGUUCGCAUCAAACGCAGCGGGCAGGACCAAUGGUGGGAGCUCUUCGACUCCAAGACGUCCCGCUUCUACUACUACAACGCCUCCACGCAGCGCACGGUCUGGCACCGGCCGCACAGCUGCGACAUCAUCCCCCUGGCCAAGCUGCAGACGCUCAAGCAGAACACAAACACACCCCUGCCCACCGGCACCGGGACCACCAGCGCCUCCGCAGACAGCAGCCCCGCCCGCAGCGCCGUCAGCACCACCUCCUCACAGGAGCAGGAGGACAAGAGCUGCACCAACAACACCAACACUGAGGACGCAGACAGGUUCAGAUGGGGCACUGGCACCAGAGAGAGGAUGCUCAUUAAAGUAUCAGAUCGGGAGCCUAGUUUUCUGACGCAGGGAAACGGAUACUCCAGCUCGUCUCCACGCUCCAGACGCUCGUCUAGCAACGCUCCUCCAGACCCGGACGCCGUCUCGGACCGUCCUGCAGCGCAGUCUCCUUUCCUGAAGAGGGCAGAGCUGAGCGGCACUCAGCGGCGCUGUUCGGGUGACUCCCAGCCGUCCUCGCCUCGCUACGCUUAUGAGCCUCCUCUCUACGAGGAACCGCCCUCAGAAUUCCAAGCUCCACCCAUUUACGAGGAACCGCCCACUGACAUGCACUGCGACCCCGCCUUUUUUGGCACGGACCGUUCUCCGGCACGAAAACCAGGUCUUUAUUGUUCCCCGAAACAGAGCUCAUCUCCUUACGGACAACUGGUGCUGACGAGACAGCGCAGCUCUACGCCGGAUAAAAGCACCAAUCAGAGUGACUACAGCUCCAGUGGGCGGGAUUAUAGCUCCAGUGGACGGGAUUAUAGCUCUAGUGGGCGUGACUACAGCUCCAGUGGGCGGGACUACAGCUCAGGCAUUAGAGACUACAGCUCCUCUGGUGGGCGGGAUUAUAACUCGAGUGGGCGGGAGUAUAGUGCUGCUGGGCGGGAAUAUGUAAAGCAGCUCGUUUAUGUGGAGCAGUCUGGCUCCUCCCCUCGGUUUCGGACCACAGAUCGUCUGAUGAGCUACGGGACCAGUUCUAAUAGCCUAUCGGCUGGAUUUUCGUACGGCGGAUCUUUCACGCUACAGCAUAGCCACGAUCUUAAUGGUGGGAAUCGAAAGCGGAAGAACAGGAAGCCGUCUUUGCCAGGUGGAGAAGGGGAUGGAAUGGGGGCGGGGCUUGGGGCAAUGAUUACUCAAGCCCGAUUGGCUUGGGAGGCUCAGCAGAUGUUACAUCAUCGAGGGGGCGUGGCUUCUGAAUCAGGAGCUAAAGAUGGGUAUGAAAGUGACGGAGCAUCUCCGCUGCCACUGCCGGGGCCGGUGGUGCGGGCAUUCAGUGAAGAUGAGGCGCUGGCGCAGCAGGAGAUCCACUGGAAACGGGCCACACUGGACAGACUAGCAUUCCCUCAGACGCUGCUGGAGAAGAGUCUGUCUGUGCAAACCAACCUGGCAUCACCUGAACCUUACCUCCAUCCCUCUCAGUCGGAGGAUCUGGGAGCAUGUUCUCAGUUCGAGGCCAGCAGAAACGCCCGAAACAUGAUGCCCAGUGCCAGCUGCGGCGUCUUCCCAGAGUUCACGCUUCGCAAGCCGUCCUCGGAGACGGACAUCGAGAACUGGGCAUCCAAACACUUCAACAAGCACACGCAGGGUCUGUUCAGGAGGAAAGUGUCCAUUGCCAACAUGCUGGCCUGGAGCAGCGAGCCCAUCAAGAAGCCCAUGAUCAUGACCUCUGACCGGACGGUGAAGCGCGAAGCCGUGGAUCUCUUCAAGCUCAUCCAGACCUACAUGGGAGACCGGCGGGCCAAAGCGGAGCCGCUGGCAGUAGCUCUGGAGGUGGCAGUCCGGGGCUGGAGCUGUCAGGGCCUGAGGGACGAGCUCUACAUCCAGCUCUGCAGACAAACCACCGAGAACUUCCGCUACGACAGUCUGCAGAGGGGCUGGGAGCUCAUGGCCAUCUGUCUGGCCUUCUUCCCGCCGACGCCUCGAUUCCACAACUACCUGGAGGGCUACAUCUACAGACACAUGGACCCACUGAACGACACCAAGGGAGUGGCGAUAAGCAGCUAUGCAAAAUACUGUUACCGUAAACUCCAGAAAGCUGCGCUCUCGGGAGCCAAGAAGGGUCUGAAGAAGCCAUCAGUGGAGGAAAUCGCGUACGCUCGUAACGCCAUCUUCCGGCCGUCGAUGUUCGGCUCGUCUCUGGAGGAGGUGAUGGCGAUGCAGAAGGAGCGAUACCCCGACCAGCAGCUGCCCUGGGUGCAGACGCGCCUCUCUGAGGAGGUGCUGGGACUCAACGGAGACCAGACUGAGGGCAUCUUCAGGGUGCCUGGAGACAUUGAUGAAGUAAACGCACUGAAGUUACAGGUGGACCAGUGGAAAGUGCCCACCGGCCUGGAGGACCCACAUAUUCCAGCAUCUCUGCUGAAGCUGUGGUACCGAGAGCUGGAGGAGCCGGUGAUUCCUCAUGAGUUUUAUGAGCAGUGUGUGAUGAACUACGACAGUCCUGCAGCCGCUGUUAAUGUCGUCCUCAACCUCCCUCACAUCAACAAACUGGUGCUCUGCUACCUCAUCCGCUUCCUACAGGUAUUUGCUCAACCCGCCAGUGUCUCCAUGACUAAGAUGGACGUCAGUAAUCUGGCGAUGGUGAUGGCUCCAAACUGCCUGCGCUGCCAGUCGGACGACCCACGCGUCAUUUUCGAGAACACGCGCAAAGAAAUGAGCUUCAUCCGUGUGCUGAUCCAGCACCUCGAUACCAGCUUCAUGGACGGGGUGCUAUAGCACACACACAUUAACAUUCACACCUAACACUUCUUCAACGCCCACUCAGCAACUCCCAUCGUUUACUCAUAAUCGCAUAAUCACACCUUCCCCGAAACCACACCACAACAUUAGGUCAACAGAUCCACCGUCCCAUCCCAUAAUGAUGAUUUCUGAAUGUUUCUGAGUAGAUCUCUAAACCAUCCGUCUUCACAUGAUAGUGACUGUCCUGCUUUGGUUUCUAGCGUGCAUGUACUGUGUGUGCCGAAUGUGUCCGUUUCUGUUUUUUUUAACUCGACUGACUUGUAGAACGGUCCGUCUGAUUUUUUAUAUGAUUAAUUUAUUUGUUAUUUAUUCGAAUGAGGGGUUUGUAAGUAUCGUACUGCCUUUUGAAACAGACAACACAUUCUCUGUCCUCACUGAUCACAUGCAUAUGGUGUGUGUGUGUGUGUGUGCAUAUGUGUGAUGAGAUCAAGUUUAAAUCAAAAUUAUUGAGGUUAUAGAUCGAAAAAUAAUCUGCAUGAAUAAAAAUAAAUGGGUGGCGCAGUGGUUAGUACUGAUGUCUCACAGCAAGAUGGUCACUGUUUCGAGUCCCGGCUGGAUGUGGAGUUUGCAUGUUCUCCCCAUGUUAGCGUGGCGUGCUCCGGUUUCACCAUCCAAACACAUGCGCUAUAGGGGAAUUGAUGAACUAAAUUGGCUGUAGUGUGUGAAUGUGAGUGUAUGGGUGUUUCCCAGCUGGAAGGGCAUCCACUGCUUAAAGUGAAUGCCAGAAUAGUUGGCGGUCCAUUCCACUGUGGCGACCCCUGAUGAAUGAAGGGACUAAUAUGAAUAUAUAAGCGAUCCCUAAAAAUGUUCGUGUUUUCACACGGAAAAAAUGUCACUUGCGUUUCCAAAUUAUGCAUUGAGAGUUUCAUUCAAAUCGCAGCAUCAUGAUUGGUCCAGUAGCUGUGAGUGGCAGCUGCUCAGCUAGCCAAUCAGAUGAAGGGGGAGAUGACAUCACUCCAAUGCAACUAGAAAUGCAAGUGCAGAACGCAGAAACAAGGAGAGGGGUCUGGCUGCAGACCUAGUGCAGAUGCAAUCUGAGCUGCAUGCAAUGCUUUUGAAUGGGCUCACCUAACCCCACCACUUACAGUGACGUCACUAGAUUACUCUGAGUCGACUAUUUCAUUAAAGAAUCAAUAGUUUUAAACAGUGCACUUUCAGAUUUAACCCUCAGCUGGAUGUGUUUAUUCACUUAGUGCUGUGUUAGACACUGCAUGAAGAUCAUAAGAGGGGCUUUUUAAAUAUAUAGUAGGGGUGUCAUGGUGGCGCAGUGGGUAGCACGAAUGCCUCAAAGCAUGAUGGUCACUGGUUCGAGCCCCGGCUGGCUAAAUGGGCAUUUCUGUGUGGAGUUUGCAUGAUCUCCCCAUGUUGGCGUGGGUUUCCUCCGGUUUCCCCCACAGUCCAAACACAUGCGCUAUAGGGGAAUUCUAUAGGGGAAUUGGGUAAGCUAAAUUAUCUGUAGUGUAUGUGUGUGAAGGAAAGUGUAUGGGUGUUUCCCUGUGAUAGGUUGCAGCUGGAAGGGCAUCCGCUGUAUAAAAUAUAUGCUGGACAAGUUGGUGGUUCAUUCCACUGUGGAAACCCCUGAUAGAUAUGGGUGUAAGCCGAAAGAAACUGAAUGAAAUAUAUGAAUUCUGGUUUCAGUUUCAUGCAGUAUCAUUUUUAAACAUGUCUGCAUUUUUGAUACACACUUAACAUAUUUUCAGUCCAUGUGUGCGUUGGUUCUUAUACUUUAUAGUCUUGCAUUUAUUUUUCAUAUUUGCAUCAUUAUUUUAUAUUCAUGCAUAAUAUUUUUCGAUCUAUGACCUCAAUGCUUUCUACUAGAAACUGAUCCCAUAGUGUGUGUGUGUAUGUGUGAAUGUUUAAAUGAAGAAUGAGCGUGUGUUCAUUUUUUUGACAUCCAGCGCUAAUUGUUUUAUACACUAUUGUGUACGUCUCACUGAACUGGUACAACACAAGUGCCCCUCAUAGUGGACUACCUGCGCUAAAGGUGAAGUGUGUGAUCGGUUUGCAGAAAUACCUUCAUUUUGACACUCUCUGAGGAGAAACGCAGAAUUAGCGCACACUAUUAUAUCACAAUAUAUUACAUGCUUCACCUGGAAAUUCUCACGUACACUUUGGGGAAAAAACAAUGUCCUGUUUUCCAGCACAAAUGCCUAAACGCCUCUUAAAUCAACCUGGAUGUUAAGAUAUUAAGUCACACUUUCUGAAUAAAUGUAUCAAAAUUAAGCAAAUAAUAUAAAGCAAAAUAUUAUUCACCUUUUGAAACUACUGUCCAGUCAAUGCAUCCUCAUUUAAUAAGCAAUAAUUAGCUAUAAGUUGUUGAAUUAUUAGAAAGUAACACAGGUAUGAAUUAUUUUCUAUUAAUUCAAUGGUCUACAGUCAAUUAUUCAGCUUAUACCGUGGUUCCCACAGCUAAAUCCACUGUUUAGAUGUUAUAUUUCAGACAUUUGUCAGGUUGUUGUCCUCAAACUGCUGCUGUGUGUAUUACUAGUCUCUCACACAUCUCCUCCAAAGCCUUCAGUUUUGUUGUGGUGUGAUUUAUUCAUUUUUUUUCACUGUAGUAUAGCUGUGAAAUAACUCCAAUCAUUCAGCGGAGUAAUAUGGAACUGCAAAACCUGCCGGAACUACUUUAGCUGUGAUUUUAUCUGAAAAUAACCAAACCCCUUAGAAUGAUCAUCAGCCAAUCAGAAUUUAAUAUUUGACUGUUGUAGCUGUAAAAUAACUCAAAUCAUUCAGCGGAGUGAUAUGGAACUGCAAAACCUGCCGGAACUACUUUAGCUGUGCGUUUAUCUAAAAAUAACCAAACCCCUUAGAAUGAUCAUGAGCCAAUCAGAAUUGAGUAUCUGACUGUUGUAGCUGUGAAAUAACUCAAAUCAUUCAGCGUAGUGAUAUGGAACUGCAAAACCUGCCGGAACUACUUUAGCUGUGCGUUUAUCUGAAAAUAACCAAACCCCUUAGAAUGAUCAUCAGCCAAUCAGAAUUUAAUAUUUGACUGUUGUAGCUGUGAAAUGACUCAAAUCAUUCAGCGUAGUGAUAUGGAACUGCAAAACAUGCCGGAACUACUUUAGCUGUGCGUUUAUCUGAAAAUAACCAAACACCUUAGAAUGAUCCUCAGCCAAUCAGAAUUGAGUAUCUGACUGUUGUAGCUGUGAAAUAACUCAAAUCAUUCAGCGUAGUGAUAUGGAACUGCAAAAUCUGUCGGAACUACUUUAGCUGUGAUUUUAUCUGAAAAUAACCAAACAUCUUAGAAUGAUCCUCAGCCAAUCAGAAUUGGGUAUCUGACUGUUGUAGCUGUGAAAUAACUCAAAUCAUUCAGCGUAGUGAUAUGGAACUGCAAAGCCUGCCGGAACUACUUUAGCUGUGUGUUUAUCUGAAAAUAACCAAACACCUUUGAAUGAUCCUCAGCCAAUCAGAAUUGAGUAUUUGACUGUUGUAGCUGAGAAAUAACUCAUUCAGCGUAGUGAUAUGGACCCGUAAUGCACUCUAAACCUGCCGGAACUACUUUAGCUGUGCGUUUAUCUGAAAAUAACUACCUUAGAAUGCUCAUCAGCCAAUCAAAAUCAAGUAUUCAGUAGACCCGUGCUAUAAUAUCAUAUAAAGUUUGAAGUAACACAUUAUUUGCUGUAUUUAUUAUUAGAUAUUUAGGAACAGCGAGUGUAAAGGUUCUGGAAAUAAAACUUCAUCAAAAUUAUGUCACGCGAGGAAUGCUCAUCAGCCAAUCAGAAUCAAGCAUUCCAUAGACCUGCAGUAUAAGAAUGUUUAUGCAUUUGUCCUGGUAAACAAGACAGAGUUUUUCCAGUGUAUUUACACAUGCAUCCAUACACUCAUUUACACACACACACACACACACACACACACACACUGAUUUGGUUUUGGUGCUCGUAAUGUUCUAUAUCACACUGCCAAACACACAAUAUUGUUAUUCUGUGGCCAUUCCUGCCUCCAGGAGGCGUAUCGCUGAAAAAACACACAAGAGAGACAGACAAUAAUGGAGGGAGAGAUAAACAAAAAUGAAAUGUGAGAAAUUAAGGGGUGUUUGCACAAGUUUUUUAGAUUUUAAACUUUUUAUGCAUUUCGGCCUUUCGUUUACACAACCGCAAAAUUCUGGGGACCUGAAAAUGUUUUUAAAGAAACAAUGUUCGAUUUAUAGGCAUGAUGAGCGAGAAACACAACAACAAUGGUAGACCACAAGAGUGAAUGAAUGUGCAUAGGUUCAUAGUAUUUCUGCACAAACUCACAGCGCCAUCUACUGGCCUGGAAAUUAAGAAUACGGCACUUUUCGUUGUUUCACUAGCUAUGUUUCCAUCCAGCUCAUUUUUAUGUACAUUUUUUUUGGAAUAUUGCAUUAAAAAAAGCUGCGUUUCUAGAGAAACGGAUUAUUAAAUUAGAAAAUAGUGGGCGUGGCUUGUUUUUUUCUACUGUGAGCUGAUUGGAUGUAAGAAAGUAGGCGUUUCAUUCUGAAAGAUGGGGAAAGGGGUUUGGAGAGAGUUAUUACAACCUAACAGACUCCUCCUGUUCACCAUUUCUGUUUGUUGUCAAAACUGACAGCUGGAGGGGCGUGGUUAAGUAUGUUAGCCACGCCCAAUACCUCAGACUGACCUAAUUUCACUCUCUGAUUCCUAUAUAUGCCUUGUUAUUAGAGAAGAAAAAACCCCACAGUGGCUUCUCCUACCACCAGUCUAUCAAGAAGUGACCAUUUUGUUCUCUUUUGUUUCUCAUUGGAUGGAAACGCUGCUUUAUUCGCUAAUGUUUUAUGCAAUAUUCCAGUUUUGUGCAUAAAUGUAAUUAGCAUCUUUGGAUGGAAACAUGCAACAUUGGCUCAUUCUGAAAACGUAGCCUCAUAUACAUUUCUGGAGAUCUUGAAUUAUGUAGCCAGAGGAAGGCAUGACUCCAUUUCGUCUUUGAAACUACUGCUAUGGGGCGGUAUGACGUCGUUCCUUUUCACGCUUACCAGCUGACCGCUUACCUCCAUAUGGCUUACCUAACAUAACGGCUUUCCCGCUGUUACCGGUUUGUCCAGUAGCUCGCCACGUAUGUCGGAGGAUUUGAGAUGCAGGAGUUGACCUGCAUCUGGAGGUUCCAGAAAGUGGGUAAGACCGAAACAAAAGCCAAAACAUAAAAUAAACAAGUAAAUAACAGGGUGAGAAUGUGGUAAACUCUGAAAACGUUGUAAAAAAAACAGGCGAGGGCUUUUCUUUUUCUAAAUUGCUUUUGUACACUGGGGUUGAGUUUAGAGAACGGGGUGAUCGGGUUAAUCUGUGCUUUUGAAAACACUAUCGGUUGGGUUAAGGUAAGGGGGUGAUCGGGUCAAUCUGUGGUUUUGAAAACACUAUCGGUUGGGUUAAG